GCAGACUGAGCCGCACUUUAGUGCACGGGGCAGCCAUUCUGAGGAGUCUGAUAUCUUUUUGUUCAUAACAAAAAAGAAAGAACAAAAAAAACACACACACAUACACAUAAAGAAAUUACAUAAGUAUAGAGACAAAAAAAAAAAAAAAAAACCACAAAACACCCACAACUGCAAAUAUUUGUUGAUAAAUUCUUCUGUCAGUUUUUUUUAAAACAUCGUUUUUAUAAGUGGUGCAUUUGGAGAGUUUUUUUUUUUUUUUUUUUUUUUUUUUGCAGACCGCAAACGGAUGCGAGGCAGAGAAGGUGUUCCUAGUAUCUCGGCUUCUAUUACGACUACUAUUACCCCUCUUUUAACACACACACACACACACAUACACACAUACACGAACAUACACAGUUAUUUCUUAUUUUCUUCUGAAUCACUGUGUGGAAGAAAUCAAGAACUCGAAAAAAGGAGUUGUUUGAUGUUUUUACUGAAAUGGACGUGAGAUUUUAUCCACCACAGUCAGCUACAUCAGCUUCAGAUCCUCCUUGCCCGGGACCCUCGCAUUGUCUGGACCCUUACUAUUACAAUAAGUUUGACGGGGAAAACAUGUACAUGAGCAUGACAGAGCCGAGCCAGGACUUUGUGCCAGCGAGCCAGUUCCGUGUGCCUGACAGUCCCACCCAGCUGCAACAAAAUACGAAACAAACAGGACCGUACUGGAAAAGAGAUGUGGCAUCUCAGUUGGACUAUCCUCGACUAUCCUGGUCUUACCCUGUUCCCAGUCUUGGGGAUGAAGACUUCAAUAUUCCUCCAAUCACGCCUCCUACACUUCCUGAGCAUGCACUUAUUCACAUGCCAGAGACGGAGUCCAGGGGAUACCACUCUCUGUGCCCUCCGGUGUCUCAAAAUGGACUGCUUCCAUUCCACCCUCAGAACAUGGGCCUCCCUGCCAUCACUGUGUCCAACAUGCUGAGCCAAGAUGGAGCUCUGCGCUCACACCCUUUGUCUGUGAUGCAGGACAUGGCAAACACAGAAACCUCCCGAUAUAAUACUCAUCCACAGAUGGAAGCUUUGAGACCCAGGGUCCAGUCAGUGAUGAUGCAGCAUGGCCAGCUGACCACCAUCAAUCAAUCACAACUCAGUGCACAGCUGGGGCUUAAUAUGAGGGGGAACAAUGUCCCCCACAGCUCCCCAUCUCCUCCAGGAAGCAAGUCUGCAACGCCGUCUCCGUCAAGCUCAGUCCACGAAGAUGAAGCAGAUGAAACCUCAAAGAUUAAUGGCGCUGAGAAAAGGCCUGCCACAGACAUCGGAAAGAAAGCCAAAACUCCUAAGAAGAAGAAAAAAAAAGACCCCAAUGAACCACAGAAGCCUGUGUCUGCCUACGCCCUUUUCUUCCGUGACACACAAGCUGCCAUCAAGGGACAAAAUCCAAAUGCCACGUUUGGUGAAGUUUCCAAAAUUGUGGCGUCAAUGUGGGAUGGCUUGGGGGAAGAGCAGAAACAGUUAUUCAAAAAGAAAACAGAAGCUGCCAAAAAGGAAUAUCUCAAACAGUUGGCAGCCUACAGGGCAAGUCUGGUUUCAAAGAGUUACUGUGAGCCCAUUGAUGUCAAAACAUCCCAACCGUCACAGAUGCUGACCUCAAAGCAACAGGUUUUCCGCGGUCCAACACAAACUCAUUCAGGGUUGUAUAUGGGCUCUCCCUAUCACCAGCAGCACGGGAUGAACCCCCACAUGAACGCCAUGCACCCCAACCUUCCCCGGAGUAUCGCCCCCAAGCCUAACUCUCAGAUGCCAGGGACUGUUUCCAUGGCUGUGUCACCACCACCCCCCCUUCAGAUCAGCCCACCUCUGCACCAGCAUCUCAGCCUCCAGCAACACCAGUCAAUCACAAUGCAACAGCAAUUAGGAAAUCACCACUUACCACGCCAUUCACCAACAAUGCAACAGGGGUUUUCUCUUCAACCAGAAUACCAGAACAUAAUGAACUCAACAUCCACGGCUGGCCAAGGUGUAUCCCCAUCAAUGGAUUAUGUUCGCUCAGGGUGCAGAAAUCCUCCAGCACAGAACGUGGAAUGGAACAAUGACUACUGCAGUAAUGGUGGUCUACAAAGGGAUAAAGUUCUUUAUCUCACCUGAACACCAGAAACACUUUCCUUUACUCUGGAGUUCACAGGAAAGCCUUCAGAAGUUUGUUGCAUUUAGCAGGUUGAGGCAGUUCUUAAUAGUUUCUAAGCACUUAGAACCUCAAAAUAUGUAUUUGAGCUUCUGAUGUUACCGACAAUGAAAACAAAAAUCUUAGUUUGUCUCCCUUAUUUCUUUAAAAAAAAAAAAUCAUAAUGGACAUUUUUUCUUCAAUUCUGAAAGAAACUUGGACAACUUGGCUUUUUAUGUUGUUUUUUUUUUUUGCUGUGGAGUGCUGCGCUAGUGAACUGCCUUAAACUGUAGUGUACUGUAUCUAGGAAUGAAAUCCUAGAUUUCUGUGGGUCUUUAACAUGGGUGUUAAUUGGAAACUACUAAAGACUUUGUUGGCUUGAUGUAGCACUCACAGCUAGUCUGUAAAUAUAAUAUAUGUUACACUCCCUUAGAGUAUAAAAAAGUAAAACUUUUUUUUAGGUCAAAUGUAAUUUGGAACUGGGUAUUUCCAGUUAAUUGAGGUUUUAAAAAGGGAUACAAAUUGGCAGAUGUUAAUAUUUUAUGCUUCAUUUUUAAGGAAAAAAAAUAGUAAAUAGGUCUAUAUUUUGAAAAAGAUUUAGAUAGUGUUCCCAACCGAUCUUUAAAUGCAAGUUUGCAUUGUCAGAGUAGCAUGAAAUAUUUGGAAGUGUUAAAACACACACACACACACACACACACACACACACACACACACACACACACACACACACACACACACACACACAAAAGGUUUAUUUUGUACUGCAUAGAAAUGCUUUUUUGUAUUACUUAGUGUAUUGAUUAGUAAAUGUCCUUUAAAUCCUUUAUGUAUAAAACUGCCAAAUGCUUAUCUGGUGUUUAUUAGAUGCAGUGACAGACUGGAGACAGCUAAAUUAUAAUCUUGAAAUACAGCUGUGUAUUAUAAUUGUUUCUUACUGUGUCUAUA